UAUCCUGAGCGGAGAGAGCGUCCACGUAAGCAUAUUAAAUCGACCAAUGACGUCGUCCGUUAAUGCGAUGUCGUUCAGAUAUGUCAUAUGAAUUGGGCUUUCUCUUUGUUUAUGGCCCAUAAGCAUGUUGACCAAACCCUAAUCAGAUAGCAACUACACGAUCUCCAUCUUCUUCUCUCUCGCGCAGAGGACGAUCCCCAUCUCCAUUCCGUCGUUUCCACUUCAUACGUUUUAUCAGUUCGACUUUGCGCAAUGAAAUCUCCAUUAAUGGAUUCCUUUCGCAUCCCUCUCUCUAAUCUCCUAUAUAACACCAUUCUUUUCCUAAAAUAUCUUACACACAAUAGUAUCCUCUCAAACGAUGAAUUCCAGCAUCAAAAUCUCCGAUUCCGGCGAUCUUCUCUCCAAGAAACCACAAGGAAAUGACGGUGUCUCCUCUGCCGAACCGAUGAAACGUAUUGGCCAGUCCGGUGACUCUUCGGCUAAAGCUAUCUCCGGCGGUGAUUCUUCAGCUACAGCUGUCUCCGGUGAUGCUUUCUCAAAGAAACGAAACGGAAAGACCGUUGUCUGCUCUGAUGUCGCCUCCGCCAAGACCGAUGCAGUUGUUUUCUUCAGAGAAGUGACGUUUGGACCACAUGAAGGGGAGUUAAGGUUUCGUCUCAUCCACUUUUGGGAGGCCAGAAAGGCACUGACUAAGACACUUAUUGGUCUGGAGAUGCUUCUGAUUGACGGAGAGGGUACUGCGAUGAAGGGAUUCAUCCCACCAGGAAGGAUUGACACCUACUUGCGACACAUGAUCCCCGGUUCCACUUACAGACUCAACAAAUUUUAUGGUGCUAAGAGCAAGGAGGGGUAUCGGGUUGCCGAUCAGGACGUGACCAUUGCUUUUUCAUGGAACUCUGUUCUCUCUGAACUCAAAGACAGUUCGUCAGUGUUUCCUGAAGAUCGAUUCCGUUUCCAUGGAUAUGAAGAGUUUGAAGCGGCCUGUGACCUCGGAGGGGAUCUAUAUGAUUAUAUUGGUCACCUUAAAUUGGUGAAUGAGCAGAUUCCGAAUGAAAGUCUUGUGCUUGAUGAAGUGGAGAUAGCUUCUUCGCGGCACAUUUUGGUUCAUGUUCAGACACAUGAUGGCCCUGUGAUGAAGCUCUACAUAUGGGACAAGGCCGCUACAGACUUCUGUGAGAAGUUUAAAGCGCUUGGAAAACCUCCAACUGUUAUUCUGGUGACAACUGUGAAUCCAAAACGUUUUGGAGGUGCCUUAACUAUGUCGUCUCUAUCAUCCUCACGUGUGUUUUUUGAUAUGGAUGUUCAACCUACCAGGGAAUAUCUGGCUUGGUUUGAAUCGAACACUGAGGUUGCUAAUAGAGUUAAUGCUGAAAUUGUUACCAAGGCUGAGACAGCUACUAUAGGGGAGCUGUUCUCUUACAUGAAGCAGAAAGAGGCAAAGGUUGCAUGGUUCGAGUGUAGAGCCACUAUUGAUGAUGUCGUGCGUGGUUCUGCAUGGUAUUAUAUUGCUUGUGGUGAGUGCAAGACCAAAGCAACCAAAGGGCCUACCACGCUUAUGUGUAAGAAGUGUGGGAAGACUGAGAUUGCCGGUGUUCCAAAGUAUCUCACGAAGCUCACUGUCUAUGACAACAAUGACCACGCAAGCUUUGUGCUUCUUGGUGAUGCUGGGAGUGAUUUGAUUGGGAAGAAAGCCUCGGAAUUGGUUGAGAGCUACUUUGAGGCCAAUGACAGCGUAAAGGAAGAUCACGUGGUCCCAGUGCCACAAGCUCUGAUUGGUGCCAUUGGACAGACUCGCACGUUUGUUAUUAAGUUAUCAAAACACAACCUCGAUGGCAAGACCCAAUCUUUGACUGUCACCAAGGUUCUCCCACCUGAUGUUCCAGCACUUGAAGGCAACAUAGAGGAGAACGUGGAUGAGGAACCUACUGAUGAAAGGAAUGAAGUUGCAGCUGGGUCUGUGAAGAGGAGCUCUGUUGGGAUUGAGUCCGGAGAGACCAAGCGUGCCAAAAGUGGCUGAUAGAUUUUUAGUACUGGUUUUUGUUCUCAGUUUCAACAAACUCUAUGCUUUGUUUUCUUUGUUUCAGACUUUGUUUCUGUUUCAGACUUUGUUUUUCAGCAUUUGAAUAAUUUUGGUGUUUAUUAAACUAUGCUUUG